CCACCUCUAAAAACAACCAAAAGGUUUGCUUAAUGCCUUCAUACAAAGCCAACAAAAUGGACUAGACGAAUCCCUUGACAAAAUAGCCAACAACUAGUUAUUCAUUUUCCAUUGGACGCACACGCCCACGCACACGUAGAAUUGUGACUGAAAACAAUUCCCUUCCUUUAAAUUGUGUUCAUUCAUGUGCGUCCACAAAACCUUAUUCGCCACAAUCUCUCUCCCACAACCUCGCAAUCCUCAAACAUCGAUCAUUCAUCUUCCACGUUCGUUUCUCGAUCAAUCGAUGGGAAGCGAAGGCGAUGACAACAACAACAGGGUGGUGAAGAAGCCAAGGUUCCUGUGCCUUCAUGGGUUCCGAACAAGUGCAGAGAUACUCAACAAACAGAUACAUAAAUGGCCUCAAUCCGUUCUAGAAAAACUCGAUCUCGUUUUCGUCGAUGCCCCUUUUCCUUGCAAUGGAAAAUCUGAUGUUGAAGGCAUUUUCGAUCCUCCUUACUACGAGUGGUUCCAGUUUAACAAGGAAUUUACAGAGUAUACUAACUUUGAUGAGUGCCUGCAAUUUAUUGAGGAUUACAUGAUCAAGCAUGGGCCAUUUGAUGGUCUACUUGGCUUCUCACAGGGGGCUAUACUAUCAGCUGCACUGCCAGGUCUUCAGGAGAAGGGCGUGGCACUUACAAAGGUUCCUAAACUGAAAUAUCUGAUAAUAAUAGGAGGAGCUAAGUUGAGGUCACCUUCAGUGGUGGACAAAGCAUAUUCUUCCCCCAUUCGAUGUCCCUCCCUUCACUUUCUAGGAGAGACAGAUUUUUUGAGGCAGUAUGGUAAUGAGCUAUUAGAAUCCUGUGUCGAACCUGUGGUGAUUCAUCACCCAAAAGGACACACAAUACCAAGAUUAGAUGAUAAGAGCUUGAAGAUCAUGAUGAAUUUCAUCGAAAAAAUUCAAAAAGAUACCUAAAAAUAAGAAAUAGUUUUAGACGAAGAGCUAAUGCUUCAAAUGAUUUUUUUAAAUAAUUUUUCAUUUUAUCAUAAAUUUAUAGCAUUAAUACGUUUUGGUACUGUCAUAUGAUUCUGCUAGUGUUUUGAAAUAUAUAUGAAAAGGCUGUCAUAUUUGCCGCAAUAUUCACUCUCAUUUCCCUAUUCAUUUUUAGGUUUACCUAAUAUCGACUCGUAAGAAUAUCUAAAUUUAAACCCUCAUUUUUUAGCGGCUAUUAAGGGUCACACUUCUUUACAUUUACAUAAUUGUCCUCCUGCUUAGUUUUGCAACAAAUAAUAAGAACAGCAAGUGUGUAGCUUUCUUCCUCCUAAACCUCCUUUGUCGCUUCAUCUACUUCGUCUCCCUCUCCCCCUCCGACCAAAACUUCAUUGGUUUCGUCGAUACCCCUCACAGUCCAUAAGCGACAACAAAUUAUCAACCUAUGUGACCUUAAACAUGCCAACGUCGUUCAAGUCCUUGCGCACAAGUGAUGAUUGAAGAAAUAGCUCAUGCCCGCCUCUCCUCUCUUUUCUUAAUUCUCUCUCAUGUACUUAAUCUACUUUCAUCAACAAGCUUUGUCGCGCUUU